UAAAUGAACAAACGGUUCAAAGUGUUGAUCAUGGUCAGCAGACUGCACGGAAGAUGUCCUGAAGCUGUGGAAGCUGAACAUGUUUAUCAAGUGUAUGAUGAGAUUGCGUCACAUUUUAGCCACACUCGUUACAAACCGUGGCCCAGAGUGGCGUCUUUCCUCGACAAUCUUCCAAACAGCAGCAUAGUGGCAGAUAUUGGUUGUGGCAAUGGCAAAUACCUCGGAUGUGGCAGUUUGAAUGGUAUCUAUCUGCAUGGCUCUGAUCGUUGCCGGGAACUAAUAGAGAUAGCAAAGAAGAGGCAGCACGACGUGUGCCUUGCUGACAACUUUGUCUUGCCGUAUCGCGACAUGUGCUUUGAUGCAGUCAUUUCGAUUGCUGUCAUACAUCACUUUGCGUCAGAAACAAGACGGCUACUGGCUCUCCAAGAGUUGACCAGGGUCAUACGCAUUGGUGGUCAACUCCUCAUAUAUGUAUGGGCAUUGGAGCAAAAGCGGAAAACGUUCAGUCAGCAGGAUGUGUUUGUGCCGUGGCAUCUUCAACAGCAGUUUGCUCGUCCUGUCAAAUUUGAACAAACUACUGCUGUGUUGUCAUCAGAUGAAACGAGGUUGUGUGAAUCGCAGGCACCGAUGCAGUCGUCUUCAUCUGUUUCAGAGGGAAAUCAUUGUUCAGAGAAAAUCGUCGAGAAUGGUACGGAAUCAGACACAAAGUUCGUUGGCAGUUUUCAACGCUUUUACCAUGUGUUCAAGGAAGGUGAACUACCAGAACUUGUGUCAAAAGUAUCGCAAUUGCGAAUACUAAACAGCUAUUAUGAUCACGAAAACUGGUGUGUAAUUGCUGAACGAAAACAGUGAUGUGCAUUACAUGGACACGAUUAAUUAGUAUUACAUCCAUUUGUAUUGUAUUCUCACUACGUGAGUGACUGUUGUUAAUAGAAGAAGUCGAUUACUCUCAAGUGUAACCCUUUUGGUUUGACUUUGAGCAUCUGAUUGUUUGGUGGUCUACAGUGUACUGCAUGUGUGCUAUUUGGAAUUAUCAGCUCCAGUGGUGCAUUGUUCAUAUUCUAUUGUGCGAGAAAAUCAAAUACAUUGCAUAUCAAUGAAAUGGGUUAGCCAACUGGUGGAUACAGUACCACACUAUACCAGCAGAGAAUGGAUGUCAUGACAGAUAUCAGCAGACAUGAUUCAAACAGUACAGCACUAUACCGUAUCACCGCACAUAAAAGCGCAUGCGCUACUAUGUGAAUUCAUCUCAGGGUGCGCUUAUAUCUCAAGGUAGUAGCGCAUGCGCCAAUACCUCGAGGUAAGGUGCCAUCUUUGCGCAAUUGCUGUCGGGUUGCAAUCUGCUUGCAUGGCAUCCAGAAGAAAGUCGUACACAUUAGAUUUUAAGCGUCGCGUUGUGUCGAGCCUUACUCUAAAUGAGGGAAACGUAUCAGCCACAGCGAAAAUGCAUGGAAUUCACCGUAAGCUUGUUCAGAGUUGGCGAAAACAGCACGCUGAACUCGAGAAACUCGCCACUGGGAGAGAUACCACAGGAAGGAAGCGUCGGCGUCUUCUGCGAACACCUAAAGACGGGUCUUCGAUCAAUCAGACGAUGAAUCAGAACGUCCAGACGAAAGCACCAGGUCCCGUUGAGAUGUGGUCGAUCUCUACGAAGAUUGAACUUUGGAACCCAAACAAAUAGCUUAGUUUUUGGUUUGCUUAGUGUUUGUCUUGCCUGUUACCUAUAUUGCCUCAAGUCGUUUACUCAAAAUGGUUGUUCACAUAUAAGCGCAUGCGCCUAUAUCGGAAUGAACGCGUUAAUUUUUGGUGAA